CUAAUGUUGCACACAGCACUGUACACGUUGAUGUCCUGGCUGUGGCGACGCUGCGACACAACAGAACCGAUUCGCACAGCGCCAACCAAUCCUUGCGACGUGUCGGAUCGUAUAUAUUGUGCGCGUCAUAAUGGUUUUGUGACGAAGAAUAGGCGAUCAAAUCGCUUGAGCAGGCGUGCGAGAAAGGCGGUCGGCGUUCUCUUUGAUUUGUGCUGAUAAAUAGAAGAGUGGACAGAAAGAAGGGGUAGAGAGUGAGGGGGAAAAAACGAAAGGCGAAUCAACUCGAACUCGAAACGUCAACGUCACAGUGCACGAGUGUGGAAGCGGGGAAAACGUCAGUCGCUGGUGGAUUAGAGCAAACAUAAUAAAGCAUCGAGUGCGUCGUUCGUCGCCCAGUGUUGUGUACGUUUUCAAUGACGACCAUUUUACUACGCCCUUUGUUCCAGCAAACGGCGGAGCGCACCGGGACACGGGACGCCUGGAAGUGAGUGGCGGGCUGUUUAGCGGGCCUUCCUUGGGACCUUGGGCGCGAGCCAGCCUUGGUGCCCUGCCUGGUUGGGCUCUCUCCGUGUGUGCGUGCGUGCGUGCGUGCGUGCGUGCGUAGUGUAGUGCAUUUUCUUCAGUGCAUUCGGUGCAAAACAACAACAACAAAAAAGAAAAGUGCAGCAACCAGUCGUCACGUCGUAGCUUUGCUUUUUAAUCGUGUAAAGCGCAAACAACGAUGCAUUAGUGUGGGUGUUUACGUUUUAGGUAGGAUAGACGACGACGACGACGACGACGACGACGACAGCAACGGCAGCACACAUCACGUCCUGCCAGUGAGGCAGUGAGGCAGCGCUACAGGGGAAUCGCGGCUGAUCGGGUGAAACAACAGCACCAACAGCAGCAAUCGAUAGGUCAACAGCAGGGUGCGCUUGCUGACUCGCAAAGACGAACGAAGUGUUGCGACGUUCCACAAAAAACGUUCCGUGAAUAAGGAUCCCCCCCAAAAAAGGGUUCCCAGGCAGGGCCACAGGACGAUUAGCAGAUUGUGUGCGUGUUUGUGUGUCUGUGUCUGUGUGUGUGUGGGCGGGUGGGCGAACCGAGCAACCAGCAAACUCAAACAAACCUCAAUCAAAAGACGAACGAUCGCCCCACCAAUCAAUCAAAUCCCGUCUAACGCCUCAAGCCGCCCUCCAGGAUGUCUGUCUGGACCUGACCUGACCUGACCUGACCAGCCAGCCGAUCCCUGAUCAGCGUGAUCAGCCAUGGAGUGAAAACGCACGGCGCACCCCCACACACACAGCCACGUGUUUGGAAGGACUGUUUCCGAGUUAUCGCGCCUGUGUGUCUUUUUGUGUGCUGUGCGCCCCCAACGGUGCAACACUAGAUGAUGGUGGUUUGGGCGGACGCAACUACUGCCAUCGUCUUCAUCGUCCCCAGCAGCAGCAGCAGCAGCAGCAGCCACUACCAACACCACCACCACCACCAGCAGGCAACAGUAGUCUCUGGGCAGAUUAUGUAAAAUCAUCCAUCCAUCUGUCGCGAAACAGAGUGAGCGAGGGACAAAGGGCAGCGAAGCGAAGGGCCCAGCAGGGCGAGAAACAGCAAACAAACAAAAAAAAAAAACAAAACAGAGAGCUAAAGAGAGAAAGGACUUGCAGGAGGCGUACGGGCGGAGGAAUGUCAGCGGAGUCACACCAGCAGCACCAGCAGCGCAUGCGAUUGCAUCCCAGCAGCGGUGGAACGACGAUGAUGAUGGGUGGUGGUGGUGGUGUGGUACGCUGCAUUCCGGCGAUCGUACCACCGCAGGCGGUCAGCGAUCGCUCCAUCCUCGACAGUGUCGCCGGGUUCAUCAGCGAUGUGACACUGCAGUGCCAAACGCCCCUCGGUGACGCCAAGGAUCACAUCCUUUGGGUGCGGUUCGAGAGUACGGCCGACAUCAGCGACCCAUCGCUCGGCGAUGACUGGGAGCUGGAGGGUGGUAUUGCGCCACCGCUUCUCCUGAUCCUCGGUUACGUCACCGGUGUCCAGGUUUGGAUCGUACCGGCGAACGGGGAAGCGAUCGAGGUGCUGUCCUGGCGCCACGGUUCGGUCAAGUGUUUGCGCGUCCUGCCCACCCCCACCCCCUCGCCAGUGUUUGACUGCUCGCUGCCCGAUCCGUACACACACAAGCGGCCCCUGAUUGCACUGUGCGAUAGUGGAACCAGUGGGGGCGGGGGGAGUGGUGGCACCGGGCCCGGCCCUGGCCCUGGCCCCACGGGCAACAAUGCCACCCCGUGCCCCGCGUACACGGCGGUCAACUUUAUCUCGCUGAAGGACGGCGAAACGGUGCGGAGCAUCAAGUUCAAGAGCCCGAUCGUCGACAUCCUGGCGAACCGGGCCUCGAUCGUGGUGACGUUCGCCGAGCGGAUCGCCGUGUUCGAUGCCCGGACCCUCGACGAUCGGCUGACGGUGACGACGUGCCAUCCGAGCCCGGGCCUCAACCCGAACCCGGUUGCGCUCGGGCCGCGCUGGAUAGCGUACGCCGAGCGGCGUCUCAUCCCGUCGAAGCGCUCGAGCGGGGGCUGUGAGGGGGACGGGGUUACCAGCUACACGGCGACCGUACUGAACGCGGCCAAGAGCCUCGGCAAGGGGCUCCGGGAGCUCGGUGAACAGGUGGCCGCGGGCCUGACCGGUGGCGGUGUCGGUACGGGAAGCACCGGCCUAGGGGGGGCGAUGGGGCACGGGCCCCAUGGUGGCAUGGGGUCGGCCGGUGAUGGGCCCGGUUCCACUGCCGGGCCUGGCCCGAUCGCCACCGAUGGCACCCAGCAGCCGGGCGUUGUCACCGUGCUCGAUAUCAAGUAUCCGAUCCGGGACAUUAGCCCAACGACCGGGACACCGAUCGCGUCCAAUGGGACCGAUCCGAUCGUGGCCCACUUUGUCGCCCACUCGGAAGCGCUGGUUGCGCUGGCGUUCGAUGCGCCCGGUAUGCUCCUGUUGACCGCGGACCGGCGCGGUCACGAUUUCCACGUGUUCCGGUUGCACCCGCACCCGAGCGGUGCGUCGCUGGCCGCAGUGCACCACCUGUACGUGCUGCACCGGGGCGACACGACGGCCAAGGUGCAGGAUGUGGCCUUUUCGCUCGAUUCGCGCUGGGUGGCGGUGUCGACGUUGCGCGGCACGACGCACGUGUUCCCCGUCACGCCGUACGGGGGACCGGCCGGUGUCCGGACGCACGGGUCACCGCACGUCGUGAACCGGUUGUCGCGCUUCCACCGGUCCGCCGGGUUGUCGAUCGAUGCGAUGCGCUCGAGUAGCCCCAGCCUUGGUGGUGGUGCCGCUGGUGCCGCCGCCGCCGCUGCCGCCGCCACAGGGGGUGGUGGUGUGGGUGGGGGUGCUGGCGCUGGUGGCAGUGGUAGCGGGGCCGCCGGGGGGAUCGGUGGGGAAAGUGGUCUGUUCGCGUACCACGCACCGUCGGCGGCAGCUUACGCGAACCCCCGCACCCCACCGUUCCCGCACCCGACGACGGUGCAACCGUUGGCGCAGCUGCGCCAACCGGCCAACCUUGGUGCCGGAGCGGGUGCAGGGAGUGCUGGUGGCAGUGGCAGUGGCAGUGGUGGUGGCGGUGGCGGUGGCGGCGCUGGUGGAGGUUCCGGCGGUCUCCAGGGCCAUCAUCAUCAUCACCGGCAGCGCAACUCAUCCUCGUCCUCGUCGGAUGAUCCGUCGGUAAAGCCGCUGCGGGUUUGUGCCACGUUCGCGAAGGCACGGUCCUGGUUGCUGGAUCCGCCCGGUUGCGCGAUGCGCGACACACCCGCCCACCGUAUCCAGCGGAAACCGGUCGACUCGCUGUUCAUCCUGGCCGCCCACGGUGCCCUCAUCCAGUACGACCUGGAACCGCGGCAUGCCGCCGGAACGCCCAAAGAGAAGAUAUGCGACGACACACCGAUCGAGCUGGAGGUGGAACCGAAAGCCCAGUGGUGCCUGCAGCGGCACGAGCCCGGACUGGGCGCCGGCGGCGGUGACCUGCAGCCACCGCUCUCGCUCGACAACUGGCUCAUACGGGACCGGCUGCUCGAGGAAGGGCUCGGUGGUAGUGGUGCCGGAACCGGAACCGGAACCGGAGCGGGUGGUGAAUCACUCGACUAUCGGCGGGUCGGUGGCGAGCAGCACCAUCCCCAUCACCAGCCGCACCGUGGGAGCACCGGGAGCAUCCACAUCGGCGGUGAUCCACAGGACGAUCGUUGGCUGUCGCAGGUCGAGAUCAUCACACACGCCGGCCCACACCGGCGCCUGUGGAUGGGGCCGCAGUUUAUGUUCAAAACCUACCACACACCGAGCGGCUCACCACUCUCGUCGAUCGACACGGACGCAGUGGAGGUGUGCCCGGGGGGUGCUGGUGGUGGAGUGGCCGGGUGUACCGCCACAGUCACCGGUCGGCCCGCACGCUCCAACCCAUUGAACAUGCCUUUGGUGGGAGGUGGCUGCUACGAGCACAGCCCGCGCCUGAUGAACAUGAACGAGUUCCGGCACCACGAAAAUCUCGACACCGAGUUUUCGUCGCUCGGCCCGGUCGAGUCGCAGCUGCGCGAGGAUCUGGCGGAUGCGAUGCGCGAAUCGCCCCUCACCACCGGCCGCGAUGCGACAGGUUCUUCUGCAGCAGGACAACCGCACCAGCACCAGCACCACCACCAGCAGCAACCGACGCAUCAUCACCAUCACCACUACCACCAUCAUCAUCAUCAGCAGCAGCAGCAGCAGCAGCAGCAGCAGCAGUUGAUGUCAGCGAGCAAUAAUCCUGCAGUCGCCGCUAGCGCCACCGGAUUGUCUUCGGUAUCAUCCUGCUCAUCCACCUCGAUCUACUCGUCAACGCACUCGCUCAGCUCGAUUUGUGAUCAGCAGCAGCAGCAGCAGCAGCAGCACCAACAAUUGCAAGCUCAGCAGUGCCAUCCACAACAGCAAUCGGAUCAACCGCAACACGGCAGCAGGGGACCUUGCCAUCAUCCCCUCCACCAGCACCACCACCAGGAAACCACCGGUCCGUCACGCCCCAGCUCAGCAGCAGGCGGUCGAAAUGUGGUGCCCGGGCCCCACCCAGCACCGGCCGGUGCCAUAACGAUCGCCAAGGUCGUCAAUCCGCUCGGCACCGUGACGACGAUCAGCACCACGGUGACGGCGGGGGUGGCGGGCGGGCCCGCUGGCAUCGCUGGUAACCCCACCGGGCCGGCCAGCCUCGAAUCGGACGACUUUCGACGGCACGAGAACAGCGACGAACCGUAUCUGCACGAGAACUGCGACGAGGCACUGUUCCGCCCGGUCGUGACGGUGCACGCGGCCAGCCUGGCCGUGCACGAGGUGGCGGCCGAUCGGUACCGGCCCCACCCCCGUUACCGGGGCACAUCACUCGAUCGGCUCCAAGACGACGACGACGAUGGUGCCAUCGUGGUCGGUGCGGUGGACUACGAUAGGCGCCCCGUUAGCCAGCCGGCAUCGCUCAUUGGCCGGGAUCUGAUUGUGCCGGUGAUCGAGGAGAAGAAUCUACCGCAGCAACGUGGCGGCGGCAGCGGCAGCAGCAGCAGCACCAAGCAGCCACCACAACAACCACCCCCCAGCACUGGUGCCGAGGUCCCGGCGGUCCGCAAGGGUCGUGUACGGCACGGGCAACCCGGCCCAGGUGACUGGAGGACACCGGAACCGAGUAAACGGGCCGGGAAAGGAAAGUGUUGCGCGAGCGAGGAGUUCGUGAACGUCGAGCUACCACCGGUUCCCCCCGGUGCCCCCGCAGUCGGGCCGGAACGCGGAACCACGGAAAAGGGGCGGGCAAAAGGACGCGCUAAGCACGAGACCCUCCAGGUGGUACCGGCGGAAGAUGUGGCGGAAGCGAUUGCGGCGUGCGCCGGCGUUGCCUUACCACCGCUCGAGGCCCUCAAGAUCGACGACAGUGAACUGUUCGGGGAGGAGGAAGGGGAGGAGGAAGGGGAGGCGGAGGACCAGGGCCAGCCAGCGGCCCACGAGGAAGCAGCGCCCCCCCCGGUCACCGCCGGCCGGGAAGAGUUUUACGAUUUUGGCGCCAGCAAGUGCGAGAUGAUGGACUUUGUGCAAGCGCUGCCACCGCUCGAUGAGCAGAAGGUGGAGCAGGAGGAAAACGAGGUGAAGGAGGAGGAGCUGGAACGCACGCUGAUCAGCUUCGAAAGCCCGUGCCAGGAGGGCCCCCCGGAGUGCCACCGGCAGCAGGUGACCGAACAGCUGCAGAGUGUGCUGCACGGCAGCAACAUUCUGCUGGCGAUGUGUUCGAGCCUCCGGGAAGGCGGCACGAAAGCGAACGCGUCCCCGGACAGGGAGGAGCGGGAGUACCAGAGUCUCGGGCCGCCGGAACCGCACGGGAACCGGGGUGACGGUGGGCACGAGAUCGCCAUGUCAGCCGUGGCCGUGCCGGCGAGCGACAAUGGUAGAAGGCGCCGCAAACACCGGAAAGAGUCCCAGUCGAGUCCGUCCGGUCGUUUGGUGGUGCCAGACGAGGACGAUGACGGCGAAGAGGAUGAUGAAGAGGAAGAGGAGGAGGAAGAGGAGGAGGAGGAAGAGGAGGAGGAAGAGGGUGCCAGGACGGUGGUGCGUGCCGUGGCCGACGCGGAAGAAGACGAAGAGCUGCAACCGCUGAUCGCGAGCAACAAAACCUCCUCGUCCUCGCUGUCCGGUGCCCAAGGGAAACCGGACACUGAUGCCAGUGGCAUGACAACCGCACAGGCCACGCCAAGGACAGUGUGCACACGCCAGCAACCCAAGCAGCACCAGCAGCAGCAGCAGCAGCAACAGGAAACUUGCGACGAUGGCGAAGAGGAUGGCACAGAACCGAUGCAGGACAGGAGUGAAGCAGCAGCACCACCACCAACCUCCACCGCAUCCAAGCAGCAACAGCAGCAGCAACAGCAGCAACAGCAACGUGCAACGUCAGCACCCGGUGGAACAGGGCACGGGGGAUUCGGUAACAGCGGGAGCGCUGCAACGGGCGGCAACGGUGGGAACGGGAAUGGGAAGAAAAAGUCGAAGAAAAAGCGAAAAUAAUCAAUGCAUUCAUAGCAGCAGCAACCGGAGCAGCCGGAGCAACCGGAGCAGCAACCGGAGCAACCGGAGCAGCAGUGGCAGCGAAUGGUGCUGCUGAUCGUCCUGGCCACAUUGUUGCUUUCGGGCACCGUCACCCAAUUGCUAUUGUGCGCUCACGCACGCUAGGGCGCAAUCCCGUGAGAGGCGCCGCAAAUUCCAUUUCAGUUUUAUCUGGGUUUGUUUUUUGUUUUUUCAUUUGAGCAACUACUUACCACAAAAAAAAAAAAACCGAUCAGACACACGAUGAUCAGUCUCUAUACAGCUCUCUCUCUCUCUCUCUCUCCCUCUUUAACUCUCUCUCUCUCGCUGCCUCUCUCCCUGCCUUCCUCUCUCUCUCUCUGUGCCUCUUUGUAUCGAUUUUUUUCUCCCCCUCCUACUACUAGUUGAGCGAAGAAAAUGUGUAGUGGCCCUUGAAGCCUUGAUGGAUGGCGAGGAACAAUUAGAACCGGAGACGUUUGUUCUCCGCUGCUGGAAGCAUAGUGAGCAGAGCAGAAUAAAAGUGAGCGCAUAAAAGCAACAUAAAAAAAGGGAAUGGGACACUAAUCGAGCGAAACAUUCGCGCUCAGCUGGCUGCGCUGUAGGUGCGCGAUAUGGUUCUUUCUAUAGUUGAGGGCGCAACGAUGAGACUAAAGUCCGUUCGACGAUCCGUUGACUGGCAGCCCGGGCACAGUGUGGCAGAUAAUGUGUGUGAAUUUGUGUGUUUCAUUAAUGAAGGAUGGCGCGGAAAAAGAUGAAAAGACUAAAAAAAAAAAACAAGUACAUGUUAAGCUAGUUAAUGCUGUUACAUCUUUAAAUAGACACCAAAAAAAAAAAUGAAGUAAAAAAAAAAACGAAAAGCGUUAGAAGCGAGACAAAAAAAAUGUCAAAAUGAGAAGAAAAAAAAACGGCAAUGAAGAUAAUUAAUAUUUAACCAACCGAAAGCUAGGGAGCAAGAAAUUCUGCACUGAACCCCUAACCUAUCCUGGCCCACCGGCGGCGGCGGCGGCGGGUGCCGGGUGGCGGUUGAACGGCAGAAAGAGUAGGCACGCAAUAAAUAACAAACGCGAAGGUGGCAGCUAAGGGGGGGGGGGGGGGGGGGUUCACGAGUUCAAUGACUGUUGUUACGGCAAGACAACUGGUUUUUUUUUUUUUUGAGUUCUUUGCGAAGGAGAAAACGAAAAGGAUGCGACACACGCGAGCAAAUGUGAUUAUUUAUAUAUUCAUCGGAGAUACGCGCGAAAGAUACGGAACCAGGGGGGGGGGGGGGGGCGAGUAACCGCGAACCGAUUAGCGAUUUAGCAGGGGGUCGACGAAACACGAUAAAAACAAGACACAAAAACACAAAACACAAAAAAAAAACAAAUAAAGCAAGUAUGAUAGUAAUAAUGAGUAACUAAAUUAAACAACACACAAAACAGGAGAAUCGAUAGGCUAGGCGAAACAGGAACGCAGCGUUCAAGGGGGGGGCGGGGAGCAGCGUGACAACAACAAACAAGCAAAAAAAAAAAGAGAGGAAGAACUAUUUUACUUAACCCGCCACCGCACUUCCGAGCAGAAAAGCGAGCUAGCGGGCCAGGCCGACGGCCAGGAAUCACACAGACCAGACCGUGAGAGUGGGGGGGGGGGACGGGGGGCCUCGUUUGAAAAAAAAAAAAACAAGUGAACACAACAGAAGCCAAAACCACGGUAAUGCUUCUGCGGAGCGCCCGCUCGGGAAGGCGCCAUAAAAUCGAAAAGGAAAGUAAUAAACAAAAAAAAACGGAAAAGAAAAAUGACAAAAAAAAAACCCCAA